CAGACAAUCAGCAAUCAGGGCUCGAACCACCCAGUUUAUAAUAUACAAUAAGCAGGUCUGGCAGUCUUAAUUUACUACUUAAUUCUAAAUUGAGCUAAUUAUUGAGGUGGAUUCCAACAAUGUCCCCAUCACUCAAUCCCAUCUAUUAUCCACUUAAAUACUCUCAAUGACAACUUUAGGAAGAGGUCAUUACUUAACAGUGCUAUCCCAUURWUUUAGUUCCAUGGUUUGGUUUUCUUUUGCCAUUUGUAACAGGCACCCUAUGCCCCUACCACUCCCAUUGAUUUUUAGCUAGCGGUGGCUAAAGUUAGCAGACGUUUGUAGUGGCUGUCUAAAGAAGACUGAACCAUGUAUUCUCCUGGCCCAUUGACUACUUACAGGUUGGAACUAAUUGGACAGAGUCUUUUUGAUUAUGUCCACCCGAAGGACAUUAGUAAAGUGAAAGAGCAGCUGUCAGCCUCAGGAUUAUACCCUCGCGAACGGCUCAUAGAUGCCAAAACAGGGUUACAGAUGCAGGACCUUCCUGUGGGAGCAGUUCAACUGUGUACAGGGGCACGGCGCUCCUUCUUCUGCCGCAUGAAGCACAGCAGAACAGUUAUGAAGACAGAAGACAAAACCAUCCAGCCCAGCAGCUCCAAGAAAAAGGAGUCUCAYCGAUACUGCACUGUCCAUUGCACUGGUUACAUGCGGAGUUGGCCUUCCACCCAGCUGGAUGCUGAGAGCGACGAUAACGAGUUCUCCCAUCUGUCCUGCCUGGUCGCUGUGUGCCGCGUUCACCCUAACAAUGCCUGUCAGCCCUCACUAGAGGUCAAGGUCAAACCCACCCAGUUUGUCACUCGCUUUGCAAUUGACGGCAAGUUCACCUUCGUGGACCAACACGAAAGAAAGAAACAAAUAAAGAGAAAAGCAAUGACGUUGGUUAAGGCAGGCCUGGCAGGCAGUCAUCUUGGAUAGGGUUUGCCAUGGCACCCCCUACCCAUACCACAGUGGCUAGCCACUACUGURCUGGGCUACUUGCCACAGGAACUACUGGGGACAUCUUGUUAUGAGUACUUCCACCAGGACGACCUGCAACACCUCGC